AAGGAAAAAAAUCGACUAUUCUCCAGGAUAUAUGAUCCUGUGCGAUGCACCGCGCACGUUUAAAGUUACAGAGUUUGGCUUACAAUAGCGUGGCUGCAGUGCCACGUUGUAACUACACGUCCCAUCGAAAAAUUUGCCUCGCGCUCUUCCCACGGUGGCUCCCCGUCUCCGCGGCGACGCGCUUCCAAGCUGCAAGUGAGCGCGUAUCGUCCUCCUGCGUGGAUUGGAUCUGCAAGAGGGACGCGAAUUAAAGGCUGGUGUAAAGCUCCCUUCUUCUGUCCUCAACUCCACCAUCCUUGAAGAGUCCUGCCAGAAGUAUUUCUCUUCAUGGGAAACAUUCAAUCUGUGGCUCCCAGCACCACACUAUUUUCAUACCAUUGUUCCAGUGUAUGCAACUAGUCUACAACCAAUAACCAAGUUGCUUGGCUGCAGUCUGAAUGCCAGAGGAUCUGACUCUGCAAGACUCAUUUUUACUUUACUACAUUUACAUCCUUGAAAGUUUAACUUCAGGUUUACUUAGAUAAAGUCCAGUCAUGGGGGUCACAGGUUACGGCUACUACCGCAUGGUCAUCUUCAUCUGCAUGUUCAUCGGCUACUCGCUGUACUUCUUUAACAGGAAGAUUUUCUCCUUCGUCAUGCCAUCGGUGAUGAAGGAGAUUCACCUAGACAAAGACGACUUGGGUCUGAUCACCAGCAGCCAGACCAUGGCCUACGCCAUUAGUAAGUUCAUCAGCGGCGUGCUGUCGGAUCGGAUCAGCGCCCGCUGGCUUUUUGCCAUUGGUCUCUUUGUAGUGGGGGGAAUCAACAUAGUCUUCUCCUGGUCCUCCACUGUGUCCAUGUUCGCACUGCUGUGGUUCAUCAACGGCCUCGGACAGGGCUGUGGCUGGCCUCCAUGCGGGAAAGUGCUGCGCAAGUGGUAUGAACCCUCACAGUUUGGAACAUGGUGGUCUGUGAUGUCUUGCAGCAUGAAUCUUGCUGGCAGCCUGGGUCCCAUCGUGGUCACGGUCCUCCUGCAGUACCACGACUGGAGGACUGUCUUGACCAUGUCAGGCGCUUUCUGUGCUGCCUUCUCGUUUGUCUGUCUAGUGUUCGUGAAGAAUGAGCCAAAGGAUGUGGGUCUGCCCAGCGUCGAGGUGGUGGCCAAGAAGAGAGCUAAAGGAGGCAACAGUGAGAGCACUCUGAGUGAAUUCCUCCUAUCGCCUUUCCUCUGGGUGCUGUCUUUGGGUUACCUGGUGGUGUUCGGAGUGAAGACAGCAGCCACUGACUGGGGUCAGCUGUUCCUCAUGCAAGAGAAAGGCCAGACUGCUUUAAUGGGAAGCACCUACAUGAGUGCCUUGGAGGUGGGUGGUUUUGUGGGCAGCCUUGCAGCAGGCUUAAUCUCGGACAGAGCUGUUGCUCAGCAAGGCUUGGGGACCCACGGCAACCCUCGUCAUGGCCUGCUCAUUCUCAUGAUGUCGGGGAUGUGUGUGUCCAUGUACCUUUUCAGAGUGACCAUCACUCCUGAAAUCCCAAAGGAGGCUCCUCUUUGGGCCCAAGUCAUUCAUCCUGUCUCUGUUCUCAUCGGGGUGUCAGAAAAAGAGAUAUGGAUUCUCUUUCUUGGUGCCGUGUUUGGAUUUUCUUCUUACGGACCGAUCGCCUUGUUUGGAGUGAUAGCCAGUGAAAGUGCUCCAUCAAAUUACUGUGGGACUUCUCAUGCUGUUGUAGCCCUCAUGGCUAAUGUGGGGGCUUUCAUGGCAGGGCUUCCCUUCAGCACCAUUGCCAAAAAAUACAGCUGGGACAUGGCUUUCUGGGUGGCUGAGGUGGUGAUGACCAUGGCAACUGUCUGGUUCUUCCUAGUACGCAACAUGUGCACAAAAAUGGGAUAGACUGGAGGGAAAAUUGACUAAUGUAGCCCAGCUAACUGUCCAGACCAGACCAAGAACAUGUUUCACAGUUAAAUGCUCUGUACACAGAAUACUGCACAUUAAUAAAAGUAGAGUCACUGACACAGGCUAAUCUAUUUGGUUAAUCGAGAUACUCAGGUGCAGGUCAUGAAAUAUUAAAUAUCUUUAUUUUGGAAUUUGGUACUAACGUUUAACAUCACAAAGACACUUAACAGCAUUACAGACAGUAUAGUAAUACUGCAUCACUUCAUACUUCCUUUACCAAUGAAGACUUCUUUAUGACAGGUGUGUACAAACUUAGACAUGAAUAUUAAAGUCUCUUUGGCUUUGUUAAUGGUUAAAAUAGAUAUGUGCUCACGUCAGGUAAGCUAUACAAAGCCUAUUGAAUGUUUACUGGUACAGUAAGUCAGUAUAUUCUGGAUUGUUUGUCUGGAUUUUUGCACAAAUGUCUGGAUUUUUGCACAAAUGUAGUAGCGUCUGUCGUUAUUGAUCAUGUCAGUAAUACCUCAAGUACUUUUUAAAAUGUAGUAGUUUUUUUUCAAUUCAAUCAAAUGAAGUAGUUAAAGUGUAGCUCCCUAUUGGUCUGUUGGCGACACUUAGAGUUGAAACAGGGAAACUGUUAAUCAUGUGAAAACGAUCAGUAGUCACACCGGAGAAAAACGAUAAACAAUAAAUACAGACACGCAUCUGCAAUCAGAUGAGAGGAUAAAACAAUACGAGCAAAGCGGUGCAAACAUAUAUUCUAUAGCCCUGUUAGAGGAUCCAUUAGAUGCAUCUGGUGUUAGAUGCAUCUGUUGUUAGAGUACGACCGCGAGUACCACACACAGCCAGCCACAUCCAGCUGUUGAACACACCAGGGUCCCAGCCAGAGGCAUCCAGAAGGAGCGGCAGACCGGUCGGGUAUAUGCCAGUGGACCCUAAGCCAAGCCAUGCCAGAUGUGUGGGACACAAUCAUCCCUAUAUCAGCAAGGCAUCAAGUUUUCAUAUAAUGCAGUUGAUCAAGGCAUUAAAGCGCAAUUUGCAUCGAGAGCCGGUCUGUCUAAUGUAAUUGGACCCAUCGAUUGGACACAUCGCUAUAAAAGCACCGUCACAGGAUGAAACAAACAAUUCUUUUUCUAUUUAUGCCGUUUUCUGGAUUCUCACUUAGUUGGAAAUCCAUGCUUUGUGCAAUGAGGCCCCUGGACUGUGUCAGGCUUUGUAGUAAAAAAAUUAACAUCAAACCUUUGCUACAGGUGUUGCUGUUGUCGUAUACAUUACUUAAAACAGUGGAUUGCAUGAUAAUGUUUUUUAUCUCCAACAUCCGUUUAGGGCAUCUUUAAUACCAAAAAUAUAUAAUAAAGUAUCUACAGUUAGUACACCAUAUUAAAUAUUAAAAGGGAUAACUAAUUAUAAAAUUGAAAACUUAGUUGUUUUGUUUUUGUUUACCCACCUCUCAUGAGACCCUCCUCAAUCUGUGAGCAUCGUGUCUACUUGGAUCAUACUUCUAUUGUAAUUAAAAUUCAGAUUCCCUAAUUUCA